AUGGAUUGGCUAAAGCUCCUGGAGCCCUUACAGACCUUUGGUACAUCGUUCCUCUAUCCCGCGCUCAAACUAUUAUUGAAGCUGUGUUAUAUCGUCACGAUACCCCUGCGCUAUCCGAUCUACUAUCUCUUUAAUUCUCUUGUGUUCCUCUUAUCUCCCAUCUGGCAUAUGCUUCACUCGAUCUCGAGUACAACUCUAGCCGUUGCCGGUUGGGCAGCUAAGCUCAAGUACCUUUAUAUUUACUUCGCCUACGCGGCUAUUAUAGGUAUCUGCGCCGGCUGCGUGCUCUACGGGACGUCCAGCCUCAUCUUCGUUACGCUGGGCGUUGAUGCAUCACAGGACAAACACUCGGAUUAUUUCGGAAAGGGCAAAGCUCUGCCCCCAUAUGACGAAGAUCAGGAAUCUCAUGACUUAGACUCUAAUACUCGUUCUGGGGACAGAUCUAGCAAGAUCUCCGCAGCUAGUUCAACCUCUAGGCGUGCAAAAUCAAAGCAGCAAGCAAAGGACGACACACACGUAAUAUUCGAAAGGCAGUGGAAGCUAUUAAGGUCUUCUGAGAAGCCUAAGAGGCGGCGUAGGGGGCUCCUCUCUCAGACGAUUCACGAGGAGAGCAGUAGUGACUAUUCGUAA